AUGAUAUUCUGCAAUAUUUUUUUCAGAAGUCUGUUAACCUUCACAAUUAUUUUCUUAUUAAUUUUGACCUUAAUUAAUGCUAAAUCUUCCAAUUGCUUCUAUCUACCCAGCAUUGCAUUAAACGGCGGUACCUAUGACGAAUUUAAUGCUCCCGAAAUUAAACAGUGUUGUAUUGCUUGUGCUAGAGAUCCUUGCUGCAUAGCAUAUACAUUUGAUGAGGAAAAUCAUCGCUGUUUUAUGAAAUCAGCAAUUUCAAAUUCUUUUAAAAAUACUGGAAUGACUUCUGGAUUAAAAGCUAAUACACACCAUGGCCUCGGAGCGUUCUUAAAAAAUAUAAAAAUCCAUGGCGGCACUGCUUCCGUAAAAGUUAACCUUCCAAACAAUGAGGAUUGUAUGCAAUAUUGUACAGCUUAUGGAAUAUAUUCGUGGAAUCCUCUCCCACCAAUUCCAAUAACAACAACCCCAAAUAAUUUACCUACAAAAGAAACAACAACAAUAACCAAUACAUCCCCUCAAUUUACACCAAUUAAAUUACCCUCUGAUGAGGAAUCUUCUUCAGAAAUAUUUAAAAUAAAUAACUUAAUAGAAGAACAACAACUUUUUCAGAAACAAGGGGAAUGUGUUUGUAUGGCUAGAAUAGCAGCGUUAGAAUAUUCCUUUGGGUCGCGUUCAGCUAUAUUCCCGCCUGUUUCUAGUUUAAACUUGUGA